GCUCAGAGCACAAAAGCUGACACAGAGUGAAGUGAAGGAUCUGAGGCUAAUUUAACCAGAAACAUGUCAGAUGCUGGGGGCUGGGUGGGGACCUGGAGGCCCCACAAGCCAAGAGGACCCAUAGCUGCGCUCUAUGGUAGCCCAGGGCCUAAAUAUGCUCUGCCUGGACUCACAGGGAACACUAAACAUGACCCGACCAGGCUCAAGGCACCAAUGUUUAGUUUUGGGGUGUGCACACACCAGUCCAGUGCUAACUUCUCCCCUGGGCCGAGGUACCUCAUCCCCUCCAACAUGACCAGAGUAGGACAAGAUGGCUCACCUGCAUUUUCACUACUGGGUCGCCCUAAGGACCCAGAAGCCUUCAAAACCCCUGGACCAGGAGAAUACUUCCCAGAGAAUGUAGGAAAAUGGAUUUUCCGAUCAUCCCCCGCUUAUUCACUUUCUGCAAGGAGCACAGAGAAUAGAAUUGACCAAAGCCCAGGUCCAGCUGCACACACACUUCCUCCUGUGUUUGGGCCUAAAACUGUGGGCAGAGCUACAGCUCCCUGCUACUCCAUCAGUGGACGCAGCAAAUCUGUGUUCUCUGAGGACAUGAAGGAUACUCCUGGCCCUGCUUCCUACAAAGCUGUGGACCCGUACAUUUACAUGCCCAAACCUCCCAAUUUCAGCAUGACAGGUCGAAACCAUACGCCAGGAGAUUCAACUAAAAAACCAGGGCCAGGUGCACACUAUCCUGAGAGGGUGACCAAUACGAGAGCAAAAGCUCCAAGCUUCUCCUUUGGACUGCGUCACUCACAGUACAUCGCUCCAUUCAUUGAUCACAUGCAUGAGUAG